CAGUCAUUCAUAGUAACAAAGAAAAACAGUUGUUAAAGCUACAGUUAGUCCAUAUCAGGAUGAUCAGAAUCUGCCUUCUUUGGGGACUUCUCUCUCAAGUGUACCUGAUUCAGACUGAAGAUGCUCCUCAACCAAUACCAGUGACUACUCGUCUAUUUGGAGACAAUAUAUCUUUGCCAUGUCCUAAAGCAGAAUCUCAACAAUUCCUGUACUGGUACAGACAAACUGUUGGCCAACUGCCCCAUCUUGUCGCAUCUGUAUCCUAUGCAUCAGAACCUGUACUUAAUGGAGAGUUUAAGAACCCACGUUUCAAAGUGGAGGAAUCUGAAUAUGUGUAUAAUCUCAUUAUCAGAAAUAUCAGCACAUUAGAUGAGGCAACAUACUUUUGUGGAAUGGGGACAAUAUAUGGGAUGAACUAUGGACAUGCAACAUUUUUGGCUGUGAAGGGACACAAUCACCCUACAGUGGUGCAGCAACUAGUUUCUGAUCCAGUCCAUCCAGGAGACUCUGUGAUUCUACAGUGUACAGUACUCUCUCAGACCUGUACAGGAGAACACAGUGUGUACUGGUUCAGAGCUGGAUCAGGAGAAUCCCAUCCAGGAGUCAUUUACACCCCUGGGAACAUGAGUGAUGCGUGUAAGAAGAACCCCGAGACUCCCUCUCCUACACAGAGCUGUGUCUACAGCCUCUCCAAGAACAACCUCAGUCUCUCUGAUGCUGGGACUUACUACUGUGCUGUGGCCACAUGUGGGGAGAUCCUGUUUGGCAACGGAACAAACCUAAAUAUUGAAAGAUCACUGGAUCAUGUAGUCAUUGGACUGGGAGUGACAUCAGUUUUCUGUGUGAUUGUGAUCAUUAUACUCGUCUUCAGCAGAAAUACAAAGCCAAUUUCUGAACAUUAUAAAGUGAGUGUUGCUCAGCAUAUUAGACAUGACAACUCAACCACUGAAUAUGAUCAGGAUCAAGACCCAGAUACCCUGAAUUAUGCUGCAUUGCAUUUCUCCGAGAGGAAAACUAAAAGAGGAAGAAAGAAGAGAGAGACACCACAGGAGAGUGUGUACUCUGAUGUCAGGUACUCAGACUGGGACUGACCUUUGUUCAUGUGCAGAGGAAUGGAUGUAGUUUGGUCAAUAAACUUUUCUUAAUAUAUAAUGUAUUUAAACAUUCAUGAUAUUUUACCCUUAAUGAUACAGUGACAUUUUCUGUCAAGCAAGACAGUGGCAGAAUUUUCCCUAUACCCAUCAUGAGGUUAUUACAACUUAGCCUAUGAAUGAAAGUUGACAAAAUAGGUGCACACAAGUCCAGAUGAAGAUUUGAGGUGAUAGACACUGACACAUGAACAGAAAGGGACACAUUCAAUAACGCCUUGCACACUUUUGCCUGCAUCUAGCUGAUCUAGUGUGUCAUCAUUAGUCCAACAGUUACAAACUGGAAAAAUUCAGGUAUAUUUAUUACCUGAAUUUAUUAUAGUUUUGUUCCGUUUGCUUCCGUUGAAGAUUUGUUUUAACAGAAUCUGAGGAAUGAAUACACCACUGUUCACACUCAAACAGCUCACUUUCACUUUGCACUCAGCAUAAAGGAGAUGGAUUGGGUUAAGUGUCCUGUCCAGGAGGUGUACUUGUACAUCAAGCUGCAUUCCGCUAUAGAAUCAGGAGAUAGUCUCCUGCCGCUAUGAGGCAUUCUGUCUCGAACAAGGAUUAAUUACUUUCCUAAUGUUAUAUUGUAAAGUUUGAUCAGCCCCCAUUUGAAGUCAUUUUUCUAUUUGCAAUAAUGUAUAAUUGUAUUAUGGUUCUAUAUUUAUUGUUUUCAUAAUUUUUGCUAAAUGUAUGAUUGUUGUGGUAUUUACUGUAACCCAUUAAACAAACAUUGGAGGUAUUAUAUUAUUAUAUAAUAUUAUUGUAUAUAAUGUAGGUUAAUUACGUUCUACAGUAUUUAUUGAGUUCACACAGCUUACUGUAAUUAUAGCUAUAAUGUACCAGCAUGUACCAGUAGUGCUGUGUCGAAUUGUUAAACCAAUAUAUAAUUAAACAUUGUCUGAUGUAUCGUAUUAUUUAAAAUUGAGCUUCAAUAAUGGUACAAAGGGUGACUGUCCUCAAAGGUGUAAACUUUGAAAUUGACAACAAAUAAAACAUACUGCACAUGUAUUAAUACUUGAUUCUGAAAUAAUCAAAUAAACAAAACAGUACAAGCCAGAUACUGCAUACAAACAAAUCAACCCUCAUAACAUAAAGCAAAAUUGUUUUACCAUUAUU